GUCGGUAGACAUUUUUUUGUCUUCAGUUGAGUGAAAAUUCAGUGAAAAAUUUCUAAUUUGAUCUCUGGACAAAAAUUAACAAAAUUUAUAAAUAACUCUACAAUUUUAAUUAAAUUUGUUUAAAAAUUUAUAAAGCAGUGAAGGAAAUUCAGAAAGCUAAGAAAAUGAGCGCCCCGGAUAAUAUCGGUGGCGAUAAAUCAGUUACAGCAAAAAUAACCCACGUCAAAACGAAUGCCAUGGACGGGAUUAAAGUAGCUCCCGUCAGUGUUGGCGGUGGUGGUGGAGGCAAUGCUGGCCAACAGCCACAACAGCAGACUACUGCUGCCUUCCGCACCAUUGCCAGCAGUGGCCAAUCCACACAAGUCCGUGUGGUAAUGCCACCGGGCACUUUAAUGCCUCAAUCCAUGUUGAAACAGAUUGAAGGUGCUGGCAGGACUCAGAUUACGGCGAUACCAGCUCGAACUGUGUCAAAUACUUCAAUAACAGUCACCAGACCAAUAACACAGACAACUUAUUUGCCAAGAGCUGGUGUAACCUCCACCAGCAUGCAAGGUCAACGUUUGAUUACUCCAAUUAGAGCUCAGACAACUCCAAUGGCUGGGUUAUCUGGGAACUUUGUUCGUGGCACCACGGUGACAAGGAAUACUUCGUCGCCAGCAACGACAGUCAUUUCACCAGCUACAACCACUUGGAUGGCUAAUAAUGGAGGUCAAGUUCAGUUGAUUCGGGCGAUUAACCAUCAGCCGAGGCAACGAUUGAUUACACAGAAUAUAUCUGCAUCGGGAGUUAGUGGGGCUGGCAAUUCGGGUAAUGUGGUGGCUGUAAGCUCGCAAUCACAGCAACAAGCUGGAAAUCAAUCCCUUCAAACAGUAUCAAGCCAACAGGCUUUUGUGGCAACUCUAGCCACUGUCUUGCCACGUCAACAAACUGCAACUCUCGUCUACACCAAUGUAUCCAAUUCCCAGGCACAGCAAUACAAUCCCGGAGUAAAUGCAACCCAACGCUUUGCAGUUGCUCCCAUCACCAACCAACGUCAAAUCCGACCAAUUCCGAUGAACAAGUCCUUCUCGACAGCAAAACUUGGUGUCGGUAUGAAUACCACAAGCAUCAGCAUUAGAGCCCCCAACCUUCCUCUGGUCAAUACCACUGUGCCAGGCGGAUCGGUGAGUGCAAGUGGAAUUGGAGCCAACGUCACAUCUGGAAUAGGAACCUUACAGUCACGAGGAAGUAGUGGCAAUACAAGUAUUCCCACCACACGAAUCAUUCAGUUGCAACAGCAACCAGGUGGAACAGCUCAACAGAUUAUCGGUUCCACUGGCCGUAUUGCAAACAACUUGAUGCUUCAACCGAUUAUCGUCAAUACCGCUGGUGGGGGGAAGAUUGGCCUGCGGCCUCCAGCCACAAUGGCCACCAAAGUUCAGCCAUCUCUGACAAUUACCCAGUUGGGUAUUGGCAAACUGCCACCAAAUGCUCAACAACAAACUAGCAGCUCAGCUAGUAUCCAGUGUGCGUCUGUCUCCACUGCCGCGUCAGUCGGAGGAGGAAAUACGAAUGUUGUUACUUCAUCGGCUUUGGGUGUUCAAUCUAAUUUAUCUCAACAGCAACAGUCACAGCAACAAACGGUCUCGGUGAAUUCUCAAUCACCGCUCACACAAAUCGUCAAUGUCAGUCAGAAUUUAGGUGGCGGGGCCACUGGACAACUCUUGACCACACAAAAUGUCUCCUCCUCAGGAGCUACUGUCGUUCCUCUGGCCAUAACUCCACGAGGCAGCAAUGUCCUCACAGGAACUAUCACUCCGAUCAAGAGUACCGGAUUGACUGUUGGUAAAAUGAUGACACAACAGUCGACUCAUCAAUCACAACAGUCCACAGGAGGAUCGCAAAGUGGCCAAGUUUCUGAUUUGAUAACAUCCACACAACAGCACCAUUCGCAACAGCAGCCAACAAGUGUUUUCAUCCACCACACUCGCCCACACAGUGGAGGCAAUGCCUCUGGAGUUGGAUCAAACAGUGGAGGUUCUACAACAGUGAUUCCCAGUACUGGAACUGGAUUCCUUCCUCCAGGAAGUACUUUCUACUACGAAUCUGUUCCAGCUAGUUCGGUGUCAGUCUCAUCGGGUGUACUCUCACUCACAACAACAACUGUGACCAGCAGCACAAUGUCGAGCAAUCAAAUUGUUACAUCUUCAAACAUGGCUGCGGGAAUUGUUACCUCGUUGCCCUUCAAUACCCCUUCUUCGGCUACUUUUACGGUGGUGCCAUCAUCCAAUCGUUCGAUUGGUCAACUUCAGAUACCAGUGUCAUCGACUUCUGCACAAAUUCAAGCUGUUCCAGUGCGUUUCAGCACUCAAAUGUCAACAGAACAGGUUACAGUUCAACAACAGCAAGGGCAACAACAACAACAACAAUCGCACCAUCAGAUAAUAAUACCAAGUCAAGCUGCUUCUCAGCAACAAUCACAGCAACAACAACAACAUGUUCAACAACAAUCCCAAGGUCAUAUGGUGAUUCCUUUGCCAACUUCCAUCAAAGUCUCUGCUGGUAAUAGUGCUGUGGGUGCUUUAAGUUCCACUGCAUUCCUUCGAAAACGUGAUAAUGAUGGUUCACCUAUAAGAGCAGCAAAGAAUCUUGGUCCAACUUUGCUAUCAAUGGGAGGAGCUUCGUCAUCGAAUUCAUCUUCAGUGAGUUCCCAACAAAUGACGUCUGUAGUUUCUUCAGUUGUAACUGACAACAAGAACAAGGAACAACAGAGACCAGUGUCACCAGCUUCAUCGGAUGGUUCGACAACUGUUAGUGCAAAUUCCAGCCCAGGAGUAGAUCAGCAAAUAAAUGAGGAACUCACUCCGGUUAAUCGGAUUCCAAAUGAAUCACAUUUUAAUCCAAUUAAUGAUAUGUAUCCCAAUCAUCAGAAUUCAGCUCCAAUUGCAGUAAGAGAUCACAGUGGACCAGUGACAAAUCAGUCACAUUUGAAUGGUGCCAUCGAGUGUCCACCAAGGAAGAAAUCUCGACGAUCAACGAAUGAUAGUCAACAAUCAACACAAAGUCAUGCAUCAUCCCUUCCUUCCCUUAAUCCACCAGCUUCAAACUCUUCACAAGCAUCCAAUGCCAAUGGUACCACUCAUUCAAAUUCCGGAACUACCCCAGCUACUGGUGGAUCAUCAAAUGAACCACCUAAAGUCAACAACAACAAUCAGAACAUCAAUUCUAACAAAGAGAAUACAAAACCAACAGAAUUUGUGAUUAGAAAGCCUCGAACUUGUACUUUAUUGAAUAGCUACAAACAGAAUUGGAAGGCUGCCAAUAAUCAUUUUCAACGUCACAGCGAUGUUAAGCCAAGGGAAGAACGACGGCCGACUGUAAUGGAUUUGGCAAACCAGGCCAAUGUUUUGGGCAAAAUCAAUGGAUGGAAGGUACAUCAUUUGAAGUCUCAAAUGGAAGAUUUGUGUGAAAGUGAAGGCAAGGGUUAUGAAAAAUUGACAUCUAUGCUGAAACAAAUGGAAUCACAUGGGAAGAAUCCAGAUAUAGAAAGGAUCUCAGAUCUUAUUAAGGGCAACAUGCAACGGAGUAAGAUCAUUGUCGAUGGCAUAACCGAAGCACAAAAUCAAAUAAUGAAAAUAUUUGAUCACAAGUCUCAUAUAUCGGACAUUAUUCAUCGAUGUGCAUCGAAAAGAAAUUUUAAGAAACGUGAAAAAGCGUAAACAAGUUAAUCAAUAAAUUUAAAUAAGAUUAAGUAUUUUUAAGAAAAUCAUGUGUACAAUCAAGGAUUGUGCCAUGAAAGAGUUUACAAUAUUGUUUUUCCUUUUUUUUGUUCUUGUUGAACAAAACUAAAUUUUUUCCCUUUAUCCCCUUUAUUAAUAUUGUUUGUCCAGUUGUCAUAUUGUGUUUUAUAUAAAAAAAUACAUAUAAAUUGUAAAGUUUAAAAUAUUACACAAUAAUAUUGUGGGUGCAAUAAAGG